AUGGCGGACCAACCUCCUUCAAGACGCACACUNGGGGACGCAUCCAACAUGGUGGGUCNUUUGCACUUUANCAACAUNGCUUUGCUAGCAGACAAUGCAACCAACAUGGUGAUGAACCCUGCUCUCAUCCAGCUUGUCCAGGGCAAUCANNUUCACGGAAUNUUAAAUGAAAAUCCCUAUGAUCAUUUGANCACUUUUAGCNAGAUCUGCAACACNGUGAAGAUAAACAGAGUUACCGAUGACAGGGUCAAACUCAGUCUNUUUCCUUUCUCUCUUGGAGGAAANGCUAAAGCAUGGUUGCAUUCAUUCCCGGAAGGCACUUUCAGAAAUUGGGAAGCGGUGGCCACAAAAUUUGUUAACAAAUUGUUUCCACCGACAAAGAUUAAUCAAGGGAAGCUGGAGAUCUCUUCAUUCAAACAAGGAAUGNAAGAGACUCUUGGANAGGCGUGGGACAAAUUUAAAGGCUUGNNGAGAAAGACCCNUGUCCAUGGACUUGACAAGANUUCAUAUCUACUUGCCUUCCUUGGAGGCCUACACACUCAGUCUAAAAUGAUGUUAGAUGCUUNAGCUNGAGACANUAUAAAUAGGAAGACUGAAGAUGAGGCUUAUGAAUUGAUUGAGAGCAUGGCUNUGAGUGAAGUGAUACAUAGUGAGAGANGNGCACAGAAAGGAGGACUUUUGCAUCUCCCUGCUAAUNAUGCUAUGGCUACGCAAAAUCNUCUCCUUACCCAAAAAUUGGACAAGUUAACAAAGGUACUUGNUGAAUUUCCAAAGGGGAUAAGGAAUAUAUCUCAGACGCAACAACUUUGCGAUUUAUGUGGUGGUGACCAUAUNAAUGGUCAAUGUGCUUUUCCUGAAGAACUGCAACAAGAUGUUAACUGCAUNGGGAACCAAUUNCAAUACAAGCAAGGUAAUNUUAACCAAGGCAAUUCUAGCCAAGGUUGGAAGAACCACCCNANUAUUGGACAAAAUCAGAACAAUUCUUCUGGGCAAGUAGGAAGCUUCCGNCAACAACAACCAUCACCUUUAUGGCAGCAGAUGAGCAGCUUGGCAGAGACAGUCAGAGACCUAAGUGACAGAUUCGAUAAAUUCUUUAAAGUCUAUGAGUCUCAACAAGCCAGUGACCAGGCCACCUUCAGAGCAUUGGAGACANAGAUUNGGCANCUGUCANAAAGGGUGGAAACCACCGAGAAAAGUCAGUUUAGGGCUAACACUGAUGUUAACCCUAAAGAUGAGUGCAAGGUUGUUAUAACAAGUAGAAAAAGGAAGACAACAGAGGAAAUAAUUGAGAUUNGGAGCANUGAGGAUGAAGAUGAGNAGAGGAGGCAUAAUCAUGAAGUUAAUGAGCAAAAGAGUCAUGCUGAGAAAAGAGAAGAAAAAGAAGAGAAAGAAAAAGGAAGUUACCAAGAGCCAUUCANGGAAAUCUUUAAUCAGGUGACNGUUACUCCUGAAGNACUUCCANAGAUUCCUGAGNAUGAUAAGAGGAUCAAANAUUAUCUUGGNGAGGUAAUUGAUCUUGAUGAUGAAGAAGACCANGAACAAUUAGUUAAGCCUAAAAAGAAGGACCAUCCAAAGAAAUUGAAGGAUGCAGGGACCUUGACUCUUCCUUGCAUGAUAAAUGAUGUGGAUAUAGGGAGAGCCAUGAUNGAUUCAGGAUCAAGUGUUAAUUUNAUGCCCUUUAGUGAUUUCAAGAAGAUUGGAGGGAUAAAAUUAAAACCAGNAAACACUACCCUGACAGUUGCGGAUGGAUCUAUUAAGAAGCCAGUUGGUAUGGUGGNAGAUGNUAUUGUUCGAAUUGAGGAAUGUUCAUACGUGUCCAUGAUGGAGGAAUAA